CGUUUGAGAAGAUAGUAACCUAUUGCAACCACAGUGCUACAACAUAGCUCGAUAAUGAUUUACACCAUAAAAUACCAGUAACAAAACACAAAGCUAUCAAAUUUUCGUCUUUUAUUUUUUGUGGAUAUAAAGUAACGUAUUCAUAUCACAACCAUAUGUGUAUACCAUAACCAUACACUCAAGAUCGUGUUUCUUAGUAGUUUAAGUAAUUUUUCAUUAUAAAAAUAGCGGCCUGACUCAUGUACCACUUAUCAGACAUUUGUUUCCAUAUUCAAAACUCUUUUGUAAGAAAUUGUUAGUAACAAUAAGAUGAUGUUGGAGUCGGUACGAUGAUUGACCAUUUCAAAAAAUGUUUGUGCGGAAUUAUUUUGACUGUGCUUUUUAUACUUGUUGUGUUACAAACAUUUUUGACCAACCACACGGUGGAGGAAAAUGGGAGAGAAAACAUUAUCGUUUGGUGGACACCGUUUGUUGGAAAUAUUGAAUAUUCAAGAACAUGUGGGACUACGCGAUGUUUGUUCACUGAAAAUAGACAUUUGAUAGACCAUUCUAAGUUAAAGGCGAUUUUAUUUUACGGCAGUAAUUUCAACCACACUGACUUACCAGUACCUCGAUCGGCACAUCAUUUGUGGGCCUUAUUCCAUGAAGAAUCUCCGAAAAACGUUCCUUUACUCAUGUAUGACAUAACACUAAGUUUUUUUAACGUAACCGCUACAUUUAGUCAGAACAGCGAUUAUCCGCUUACCCUACAGUACCUGGAAGACUAUAAGACAUUAAUAAGUAGAAAAUAUGUACACACCGUCGAACAAAAGAAUCACUAUCAGCAGGACGAGCUCUUAGCUCCGGUUUUGUAUAUGCAAUCGAUUUGUGAUACAAUGUCCGGGAGGGAUCAAUAUAUAAACGAACUGAUGCAGUACAUUAACAUAGACUCGUAUGGAAAGUGUUUGAACAACAAGGAGUUACCGGAAAGUUUAUCCGGACGUGAUUACCUGAGCACAAUUGAUACAGACGAGCUAUACAAGUUCAUCUCUAGAUACAAAUUUAUAAUUUCUUAUGAAAAUAGCGUAUGCAACGAUUACAUGACGGAGAAGUUAUGGCGAACAUUGGCUGUGGGGAGUGUUCCCGUUUAUUUUGGAGCUCCGAAUAUUAAGCACUGGUUACCAAACAACAAGUCAGCAAUCCUUGUUGAUGACUUCAAAACACCGAAAGAACUGGCCGAAUUUCUAUUGAAUCUCAACGAAAAUGACAUCGAGUACAACACAUACUUGCAACACAAACGACUCGAUCAACAGCCAGCAAUCAAAAAUCGCGUAUUGUUGGAUCACUUGGCUGCGAGGCCAUACCAACCGAAAACAUUGAUUCCCGAUUUUGAAUGUUUUAUUUGUUCGAAUCACAUCGAGAAGAGAGUCACUAAGGGAUACGAGUGUGGUGAGACAUUAAUUUAUCCGCAAAUGGAAGAAAAACGGGUCACGGAGCUGGACUGGCAGUCAUAUGUUAAGCAGGGAAAGUGUGAGGCUGAAACACUGGAAUAUUUUUUAAGUAAAAAUUUGCCAUACUCGGAAACCGAAUUUACACGCGCGAUGAUCCAACGGUAUGAACAAGGGCUAUGUGAAAUGUGAACCAUUUCCAGUAGAAAUAAAUUUUAUUUUUUCAGAGGAAUGAA